CGCGCUAUUUCUCUGCUCUUCUGCUAUCGCAUCUGCCCCAAAUCGAACACGCAGGCCAGUGAUAGAUUUAACAUCAAUUCCCAACUUGAGCACCUUCAGGCUAAAUAUGUGGGAACUGGGCACGCUGACUUAAAUAGAUUUGAAUGGGCCGUGAACAUUCAGCGUGAUAGCUAUGCAUCAUAUGUUGGUCACUACCCCGCUCUGACUUACUUUGCUAUAGCAGAAAAUGAAUCCAUCGGAAGGGAACGCUACAAUUUUAUGCAGAAGAUGCUAUUACCUUGUGGCCUUCCUCCAGAAAGGGAAGACGAUUGAGAUUUUAUUAGUUUGUAAUCAGAGAUUGUACCUUUGAUUUGCUAAUUCUGUUACGAAUUGGCUAAUGGGAAGUGAUUAAGAAUCAGUUUCCAAACCCAGUCGCUAUCAUCCUUUAUUUCAAGAAAAAUAUGUCCACUCUAGUCAUAGUCUGGAGAAUGCUCCCAUCUUUACAUGUGUAGUUCUGUUUAACCUUGAAUUGAUUGUUUUAUUUUUUGAGAAGACCAUGAAUUUAAUUUGAUAGCAAUGGAUGCUGGAUUUGGUUCAGUUAGUUUCACAAUUUCAGGAAUUAAUUGUAACAGGACUGUAACGAAAUUAUGUGAUACGUCCUGUGUUAAUUAAUACGAGUGGGCUCCUUUUUUUUAUUUGGUCCUUGAUAAUGAGAAAUUUCCAUGUUCAGUAUGGUAUUGAA